UUUCUAUUUUUAAUUACUAAGAAAAUCCUCAUUUAAAGCCCUUUGUUUAGGGUUUUUGAUUUCCCAAUUUCUUUUGUUGGAAUCUUAAUUAUCGUCGUCAUUACCGGGAGACAGACGCUAGUCCUAAUUUGAAAUAAUCCUUUCUCUGUGGUCCCUUCUAGUCUAUCCAAGUCCAUAAUUUCCUCAGCUUUUGUUGAAUCAACAGAGUUAAGAUUUCCAGCUAAAUGUCAGCCAAGAAGGACGCUGGGGAGAUUGAUACAGUUGUUGCAAGUAAUGGGAGUGAAUCUGAAAUCAAUGGAACUGGACUUCAUCUUUAUCCGGUUUCUGACCAUGACUCUGGUGAAGGUUUACCAUAUGCUCCUGUAGAUUGGCCAAAUGCUGGUGAUAAGUGGGGCUGGAAGGCGGGGAAAAGAGCUACAAAUUCAGGCUACUUUAGGGAUAGAUAUCUGUAUCUUCCCAAGCGUCUUCAUGUUCGCAAAGAUGGAAAGAAAAAUGCUUUUCGAAGUAAGCUUUCCAUUGAAAAAUAUCUCCAGUCUGAGUUUCCUCGCAUAGAUACCAACAAAUUCUUUGCCUCAUUCAGUUGGAUGAUUCCUUCAAAACAGCCACCGAGCUCAAAAGGUGACUCAGACAUGAAACAGAAGGUUACAUCUUCGGGGACGAAAAUGGAGCCUUUACCGUCUGAUUCUCCUUUAGGAGCCAUUACUUGUAAGGCCGGUAACAGAAUGUGUAGCAGUUUAACAGCAGAAAAACCUUUUCCGGAGACCAUGUUUUGUGAUAUCUGUUGCAUUGAACCUGGUUUUUGCCGAGACUGUUGUUGUAUCCUUUGUUGUAAAACUAUCAGUUCGGAAUAUGGUGGGUAUAGUUACAUUCGAUGUGAAGCAAGAGUAGAUGAUGGCUACAUUUGUGGACACAUUACCCAUGUAGAGUGUGCUGUACGAGCUUAUAUGGCUGGGACAGUUGGAGGAAGCAUCAAUUUGGAUGUACAGUAUUUAUGUCGAUACUGUGAUUCAAGAACGGAUUUGGUUCCACAUGUUUUGAAGAUUUUAAACAUCUGCACAUCUAUUGCUUCUCGUGCUGACAUCGAAAAGAUUUUGAAUUUUGGCAUUUGUAUUUUGCGUGGCACACAAAAAAGGAGUGGGGAACAGUUGUUGCAUCGUAUUGAAUCAAUCAUGGCAAAGCUUACAGAUGGAGUCUGCAUUGAAGAUUUAUUCGAAAAGGAAAGCUGUGUGGAUAGCACUGCUAAAUCUGGGACAUUGCAAGUUCAAAAUCCCAGCCAGAAGCAAAAGACACUAAAUGAUUUUUUCCCGCCUGCCUAAGCAUUAGUCAACAGAGUUACCUGUGUUGCUGAGUGGGAGGUAGCAAAUACUCAGUGGAAUAGUCAAUGUGCGCCUGUUGAUCCGGACACCAUGUCAUAAGAAAAGAUUUGGUACAUUGCUAGUUGUUGCUAUGUGCCAUUAAUCUUAACUGAGCCGUCUAAUGUAUUCUUUUUAAACCUUGCUAUUGGAGCAAAAGAAUAGCACAACUAAGACUGUAAAGCAGGACCCUAUAUCUAGUUGCAUUUUGUUUUGUUUUUUUCUAUACUCCUCUACAUAUAAUGGUUAGUCUAAAGGCUGUUCUGACUUAUGCAUUUGUCUUGAAGCUUGUUUAACGUGGAUCCUUCAUUUGCCUUGAUGGA